UCUCGAGGCACAGAGAGAGAGAGACACAGUAUAACGUUGUAGUAGUGGCGUAGCUACAGCGGCAGCGACAAGUAUGAGAGGAGAUAAGUUUACAGGGUGAGGCAGGCUGGUUGGCAGCCGUUGUCACAUUCUUGGGAGAGAAAACGAAAACCGUUGGACGUCGAGGAGUCGUGGGACAGUCUGCGUUACUGGAGAAAUAACUGGUGGACACGUACGGUUUCUGGAUACAGAGCAGCGGCGGCGGCGACGGCAGCAGCGGCAGCAGGAGCAGGAGCAGGAGCAGGGCGAGUGUGUGGGUGCUUUGGCGGCGGUCCCGCUGCUAGCGAAACAUGAACAAAAACCACCGAGUGCCGAGCAACCGUUCUCUUGGUGCCGUGGAGGUGAAGAGCAAGGUAGCCUACAUGUGGAUACUACUUUGUCAGUUUACUUGCUAUAUCUGUAGUCCUAACUCUCCCUGUGAUGAUUACUCUGGCUAAUUUAGCCUGCUAAGUGGCUUGAUAGCAAGUUAUGAUGUCGCACAAAUUACAUGGAUAAGCUAAAGCUUAACUAGCCAGCACAGGGUUUGUUACUCUGACUAGCUCGCGUGUAGCUCGCCAUACUUAAAACUUUAGCCGUGGCGUAGCGUUAGUUAGUUUGAUCUGAUAAGUUUGAUAGCUAGCUAGUAAGUUUGAAGGUGGAGGUGAUUGUCAGCUGACGCCGCAGUGAGCCAGUGUCACCUGUCACAGCCUCCUCUGCCGCUCCCCCCCUGCUCAUUUACCAAAUAUUGACUCAAGGUUUCAGUCAAGUUUUCGUUUCAGCAUAACCCCAUGUUUGGUGCAGAGUUUCGUAGGUUCUCGCUGGAUCGGUCGAAACCGGGCCGCUUUGAUGAGUUCUACGGCCUUCUGCAGCACGUUCAUCGCAUCCCCAAUGUGGAGUUGUUGGUGGGCUACGCUGAUGUGCACGGCGACCUCCUUCCCAUCAACAAUGAUGACAACUACCACAAAGCCAUCUCCACUGCCAGCCCUCUACUCAGGCUGUUCCUGCAGAGGAAAGAGGAAGCUGAUUACACAACGUUUGGUACCGACUCGCUGACCAGGAAGAAAAACACAGUGCUUUCGGCGGUUCUUCUGCGGCCUGACACCAACAGGAAAAAACCGCCGGUGAUAAUCAGCCUCCCUAGGGACUUCCGCCCAGUCUCCUCCAUCAUUGAUGUGGACAUCCUCCCUGAGACGCACAGACGUGUUCGCCUGUACAAGCACGGCCAGGAAAAACCGUUGGGCUUCUACAUCCGCGAUGGUUCCAGCGUACGCGUCACUCCACAGGGCCUGGAGAAGGUCCCGGGGAUAUUCAUCUCUCGCAUGGUGCCCGGCGGGCUGGCGGAGAGCACCGGCCUGCUGGCAGUCAAUGAUGAGGUGCUGGAGGUGAACGGUAUCGAGGUGGCUGGAAAGUCUCUAGACCAGGUGACGGACAUGAUGAUCGCCAACAGCCACAACCUCAUCAUCACCGUCAAGCCUGCCAACCAGCGGAACAAUGUUGUUCGCAGUGGAGGAGGAGGAGGCGCGGCGUCUGGUAGCUCAGGACGCUCGUCGGACAGCGGAGCCAGCUACUACGGCUACUCAUCGCACGGCGGGGUUGGUGCCGCGGCCUCCAUGCCAUCGCACAUCAUCCAGAACUUCCCCGUUGGGGAGCUUGAGAGCGACGAAGACGACGAGGAUCUGGUGAUUGAGGCAGGAGGCGAGGCUGAGCCCAUCAGACGCUCCCCUUCCAACUAUAGCAUGCCCUCGCUGCCUCGCUACGAGCCGCACCUCAACCUCCGCGCUGCCACCACCUCCGCCUCCGCCCUCUCCAUCAACGCCAAUGGGACCCUGCCAGCCAGCGGCAGCAGCGGAUCAUUAAGCAACGCCAAUGCCACUUCGACCACGCCGUCGCCAGACAGAGCAAUGGCGAGGCGGAGCCUGGAGGAGGACGGCACUGUUAUAACUCUGUAGACUGGGAAUUCGCACACUAAACACUGGAAACCAGAGAGACACACAAACACUCUACACACACCUGUGGGCGUCAUGGAUCAGUAAAUCAAACACAGGAACAUCCUGUUCCAUCAUGCAGCGACUGUAACUGAGAAGCACAAUGAAAUGUGUACAUAUUAAAUCUCAACAUGACACUGACACCUAAAUGUUUGUACAUCCUGACAUUUACACGUCAAACACUGCUCCCCGUACUCUGCUCCUCUACAUGCCAAUGACCACACUUGUAUGCCAUAGUGGUAACACCACCACCACCACCACCCCCCCGCUACCCCCUCCGGUUCUGCAGGCAGAUAAAUGUCAGAGAAAGAAGUGCAGAAAAAGUGUCAUUUGGUGCGCCCCUACCCUCCACUAUAUCUAAACCACUAGAAGCACUUGUUUUUAACCCAAAAACUGUUGUUAUGCUGAGCUUCCACUAGAGGGCAGAGAUGAGACACCGCAUCCUCCCCAUUUCUUUUCAUCAGUCCCACAUAUAGAUGAAGGUAAAAGUCCUGUGAACACGUUAAUUCCACCCCCAUAACUAACACACACUGAAGCAGGAUUGUAGCUCAAGCAUUUGUUGACAAUCAGUGGCUGUUUUUUGCCUUGUCACCCCACACCCUUACCCCUGCACCACACUAUGACCACCUCCCUUCCCCCAGGUGACCACAGCAUGCGACUGGUAAACAGUUGAGGUACUUUCCGUACAGUGCAGUACCACAACAAUCGACCAAGUGCUGAGAUCUGCAAUAAUACUGUAGUUUUUAUUCGAGGAGAAACAAUAAUCAAAUCUGGGUUCUUUGUGUUGGCUCAGAUGCUUUUAACCACUGUUGUAGCUGUUUUUCCUCCGUACCUGCUGUGUUAAUGACUGACUGAUAAUGAAAGGCUCAUGAUUUUGAUAAUUCUUGGGAGCAACUUGUCUUUUGAAAAUCCCUUUUAUCAUUAGGCCUGAGUUUUAUAUUAUUUUAAUAUUUUGUUUCUGUUGUUUCUCUUUUUUUUGGUGUUACAAUACUUCUCUCACAAGUGACUGUAUGACCUGUUUCCAUCUGACCCAUUGGAAAAUGCAAGUCACUCCAGAAAAUUGCUCCUACCUUGGAACGGGACAUCUUAGAAUUAAUUUCCCUCUCAUAUUUCAUAUUGCACUCCCUCUCCUUUCCACGACAAGGGCUAUUUCCCCUGCUGCAUGUGUACAAAUAACAAAAUGUGAAUGUGAUUGAAUAUUUUUUGUUUGUUUUCUCCCUCUCCAUUCUUUCUGGACCACAACUCAAUACAUCUAAUCUCAGUGCUGUACAGUAUAUUCAUCUCUGUUGUUUUCUGGCCAGGCCCGGAGUUCACUCGGAUGUGUCCCGACUGAGACAUUCACAUAUAAAAAGUGUUCUCUCCAGUAUUUCGGCACCAUUUUCUUUUUGCAUCUUCAUCUUCAUUCUCAUUAAAUUCAAUUAAUGACACACUAUGAGAAAAUGUAACACAUCAACUGUAUUGAUAGUGUGUAGCUACUAGACUUUGGGCCUAGAUGGCAGAUCAGUAGCUGGACUGUAACACUAUUACUAGAAGUGAGUUGAAAUGAGUGGUACAUAGAGUGACAAUAGAGAAACUGCCUGUAUCUCAAAGUGAGCCCUGGUCAGAUUGAGUCAUAUUUAAACAAACACACAUGCAGGUACAACAGAUUCACAUUAGUAUUUGAUAAAGGCAAGGCGGGUCUGUCUUUUAUACAAUAUGUCUUGGCCCUGAUCUGUAUUUGGUAUUUUACUUGAAGCUGUUGCUUUCCUUGAAAAGUCCCCAAUGAGGCUGUAAUGAACUUCCUCUCAGCAGAAACUUGAUUUGAUUUUAAGUGUACAUUUAAAAAAUUCUUCAAAAUUAAUUGUGUUUUUUCUUUAAAGCUGAUCUAGGAAAAACACCACGCUUUAAAACUCCUAAACCCAUUGAGGCAAAUUUGUGAUUUUGGGCUGUAUAGAUACUUGACUUGCAGGAUUAAUCGGUAGUGGAGUCAAUCUGAAUUCACCAACAAAUUUUCACUGUUUCUUUAAAUUGAAUUUGUGGGAUUUUUGCACUUAACUCCAAUUAAUUUGCUGACAAAAUCACUCAGAAAUGUGUGUUCCUGAUCACGUCCCAUGAAAGGUUCUCCACAGAAAGAAAUAAUUCAGGCACUUACCUUUCUUGAAGUGGAUCCAUUACAUUUAUUGGAAGUAUAUAUCCAUUAACCUUACAUGCUGCUGCUAACUGCCUUCCUGAAGUGAGAGAAGAGACCUAUUAUUUAUCUUAUUGAUUUUCAGCAUUUGCUCUCCUGUUUGUUAAAAGUCACAACAUAAACUUUAGCAUGGAUUUUUAUCUCACUCACUAGAACACACACAGUAACUCUCAGUAGUGUGUAUUGGCUUCAUCUGAACCUGUAUGCACUUGUAAUGAAACACAGUACAUUCAUACAGAUCACUAUCACGCUAAUGUUCAUCAUUUGUAGUUCUGUGUAUUGUUUGAAUACCUGAUGAGCCUAUCAGACAGUGAAUAUCUAUGACUGGAAACCAACACACAGGUCGUGUAUGUGCGUCCACUAUUGUAUUUCAAGCUACAUGUAUAAGGUACUGUCUUUUUGGCCUUUUAUGGUAAACCGGAUGCUGGUGGGAUUCUGUCUUCUUUCAUUCCCGACAUUAAACAGUAGUGAAUGGUACUCCGAAUGGGAAACUUUUAAAAAUCAAUGUUAAUUUAUUUUCUUUAUUCCUAACUUUACCACAGGACACUGGGAUUGUAACCACAGCGACAUUGUUAUUUAUUCUCUAAUCAUGCGCCUGCAUAUUUUCUUUCUUUGUACACAUUUUAUGACUUUAUUUUUGUAACUGAUAUGUUUUUGUUUAUUCGUGAUUGUUGUUUUGGUCAUAAAUCUCAUGGUAGAUGUUAUUGCCCAAUAGGAGAUGAUUUUAGUAGGUGAUUUUACUGUUCUGGUUAAAGCAACAGGAGAAUCUGUGCAAGACGUGACACUAUUUUUUAUUUUUUAUUUUUUCCAUACUGUGAAUUAUCAAUAUUAUGUUGUGAGAGAAAAACAGUCGUAUUAGCACAACCUCAAAACAGGCUACAUGUUUUGCUUUGAGUCAGAUGGGUUUUUGUUUUUUUUAGGUGAUCGAGCAAUGAUUUUUGCUUGCCAGAUAAAUCCUAUGGUAUAGAUUUGUAAUUAAGAUUGUCAGUAUUUUCAUAUCGAUGCUAUAUACGAUGUACAUUUUUAUCACAUUUAAUGAAAAUGUUUUAAGAUUCAACUGGAGAAUGAAUAAUAUGAAUAAAUAGAUGUGCACCUGUAAUUGCUGAUUGGAGGAGCUGGAUAAAAUAAACUAAUAUGUAGCAAUCUUCA